AUGAAUCUGUAUAAGGAUGAAGAUGUCGCGAAUUUUAUUAUCCGCCUCGACACUGAUGACGGCAUUCAGCAAAGCGAGGCUUCGUCUUGUCGGCACGCCAUCCGCUUCCGCCGAGUUUCCAUGCAGCCCGACUUUUCGCACAUUUCAUUCUGUCUUUUUGUCACGACGAUCUCGUUGCAACUCGAAACAUUCCUUUUAAAGAAUUUGUGUGUUUUUUUUUUACUUAUUUGAUAUAAAAAUCGGUUAAUGCACCGCGACAGGUGCUGCUCCUAAUCAUCAAGCAGUUCGACGCUAGCGCAAACCGGCCAGGGUCGGGACGUCGCUUAUGGGUGGAAAGAUUUAUGUGGAUAAUGUAUUGGACACGACGCGCUUCCAAGCACGACGAUGGGGACGACAGUGUAUGAGUGUGAGCAAAACGCAACGGAUAUGUUGGCCAGAACUAUUCCCAUGGGUGCUAACAUCUCGCACCAUCGAUUCCACACCCGUUACAACCGCUGCCGACUAUUUUUUUCAGCUAUUUCUCGUGCAUUUCCCUCUUUUUGUUAUUACCAAAAGAUUAGUCCUUGUUUAGUUACAGGUAGUAGGUAACUCGUGAUGUAGGUGAAUGAUGCGUUGGUUAACGUCUGUAGCUUUCGCCGUGGCGCUGAUCGGCAGAAGUGCCGUUGCCUCUCGGCAUGUUUCUCCUUUCGAGCUCACAAUCAACUCUGGAGCUAUCCGAGGAGAACGCUUGGUUAUAGGCGUCUUUUCUUGUGGUCCCAUCAUCAGAUCUUUUUUGCAGAUAGCUGAUGGUCAAGAUUAUACAAUAUUUAAAGGAAUUCCUUAUGCAAUGCCGCCUGUAGGAUAUUUAAGAUUUCAAGUAAUCCCCUCAUAAGAAACAUUUCAUAAAUGGAAAGUUGUUCUCAGAUGCCAAAAGACCCGGCCAGCUGGAGAGGUGUCAUGAAUGCUACACAGUACAGGUGAGUUGUAAGAGUAGAUAGGUUGUUAGAGAAAUUGUGUAAAAGAACUUACUGAAAAAGAGGCCUCUGCUGAGAAAGGAAUUUGUUGACCUCGUGAAAUUCAGCGCGAUGUGCAUGCAAAACUUGGACGAUGAUGAUGCCAGUGAGCCGGAACGUUAUGUGACUCACGUCUCUGAAGACUGCCUCUACCUCAAUGUCUUCUCCCCAACGCCUGUCCGUUCUCAUCUUUCCUUUCCCAUUCACUCAUUCUUUUUCUCAAAAAGUUACUUUCAGUAUCAAUACACAAAUGACACAUAUCCAGUUAUUGUAUUCAUUCAUGGUGGACGGUUCCAAAACGGAGCCGGUAGUGAUUUACCGCAAACAUCCAUUCUCGAAAAUUUUGUCUCAAGAAAAGUAAGUUUCUCAAUUUUUUCCAGCUUUCAAAAUAAAUUUUAAGGUAGUUUUUGUAACGUUCAAUUACCGUCUAGGACCACUUGGUCUGUCAAUCUUGAUUAACAUAUCUAUUUUUUCGAAUUUAGGCUUUUUAUCAACAGGUGAUAGUUAUUUACCGGGAAACAUUGGACUAUGGGACCAAAUUUGGGCUCUCAAGUGGGUCAAGGUGAGCCUCAGCUGUUGAAAUCUUCUUGUUUCACUGUUUAUUGUAUUCACUAUAUUACUGUGACUUCAGUCAAAUGCGGCCAAAUUCGGUGGAGAUCCUUUGAAUGUUCUGCUGAUGGGACACGGGACUGGAGCCGCUUCGGCUUCUCUUUUGGCUUUGUCGCCGCGAGCCGAGGGUUUGUAUCUCUUGGAUGCCCUUCUAAUUGCUUGGAUAGAAUUCUAAAUUCCGUUCUGCUUGAAUGCCUUUUGGUUGCAGGACUCUUCCAAAAAGUCCUGCUCAUGUCGGGUUCGGCUUUGCAGCCAGGCAUCGUCAGAAACACAGCGAUCAACGCCACCUGGAGUCUCAAUGAAAAAAUGCAGUGCAGGUUAAUAAGAUCCUUUACAACUUGAAAAAAUAGUCUGAUAAGUGUUUUGAUAAAUGCAUUCAACUGCAAAACUAUCCAGUAAAUUCUCGAACUUGGGCGGUUUGAGAAACCUUGAGACUUUUUAUAAACUUUUAUGAACUGGUUUUUCAAUCUCUGCUAUUCAGAUCUUUCAAUACAACAGAGCUGGUCGAGUGCUUCAAGAAAAGAACAAGAGAAGAAAUAUUUUCAUACAAGGUAAGUAGAAGUUUCACAGAUUUGAACAAAAUUUGAAGAAGGAUGUUAAAAUAAUGUGGAAAGACAGAAUUUGAUCACGAAAAUAAGCUUACGGCAAUUGUGGGCCGGAGCGUCAGGCAAGUGCUUUUUGAAUGGGAAAAUGUGGACUGAAUUGUACAUAAUCACAACCUUUGGGAGCCUUUUUAUGGGUAUAAUCUUUUUUAUGGUUGUCUCUCAAAUAAAAUACCGUAUACACCAUGUUCAACGAACGAAAAUGUGAAAAAUGAGCAAAGAUGUGGAAAAACUGGCCGAUGAUACCAAAGAUCAUUUUUUACUUCGCUCGAUGAUUUUGCAAUGCCGGCCGUACAUUGUGAGCUACGCGUGAAAAUUGAAAUUUUUCUUGAUAGUGAAAAUAAAAACUGUCAUUAUUAUAGUGCAUGGGGGCGCGCCGUAGCGCAACAGGUUGUGUGCCUGUCUACGGUCCACAGGGUCACACGUUCGAUCCACGCCUCGACCCAACCAAGGGGUUUAAGAAAUGUUGGUAGUGGGAAACCACGACUUCAAAAAUCCCCAGCCGUCACACACAAGGACGGAUAUGUCACUCGAGCCAGUCCACUGAUUAUCAGGAUAGGACCUCGGCUAAUCGACUUGGGGCGCUGACGCCGCUCAAGCGGUACAAAGGCGUAGGAAGAAGAAGAAGAAGAUUAUUAUAGUGCAUGGGGUAUUUCAAAACAUUUUCCUGUUUCUGAAAACUUAAAUUCAGUCAGUGAAGUUUUAAUUUUUUAACCUGAGUUUUCACCUUGAAGUUUAGAAUUAGAAUGGCAUUCCAAAUCAAAAAGAAGAUAUGAGAAAUAAUUUAAGAGUUUAUUGAGUUUCAAAAAGGCUCUCAGUCCAUCUGAAGACGAUUAGGAAACAAAAUUCGGAGAAAAGCAAAUAUAAAAUGCGAUUUAAUGAGACGACUUUUUUCAGUUCGCUGCUUUGAAAAAGUUAGAAAUAAAGUAUACGGAGUGAUUUCCAAUUUAUGUCAUUUUUUUCUCACAGUUUGAAAUUUGAUCUGUUCUAAAAAGACAUGAAAAAAAUUGAUAUAGUUUUUGAAUUAAGGUACUAACAUCUUAAAAAUGUUUGCAAGUAUAAAAAAAUAUGAGUUUGAACAUUUUUUUGAACUUUUCUUUAGCCAUAUCCAAAAAAAUUUUUCUUACCAGCUCAUUCUUUAUUUUUUUGAAAUAUUAAAUAUUUUGACAAGUAACCGUUUCUGAGAAAUUAUUCUGUUCACAAACUUCAUAAUAUGAUUGACGCAAUCAAAAAACAGAAGAUCUCUAUAAACGCUAUUUUUUUAAUUUGGCUCAGUCAUAUCUCCGGAAAAGAAUAACUUUGCCGACUUGCAGCGUCAGCACUUUGACGACUACGAAGAAUUUGUUCCGAUUGUCGACGGCGUCAGUGGAAUUCUGCCCGAGCCGCCAGAACAAUUGGCUUUGCAUCGGAAAAAAACGCCACUCAUGAUUGGAACGACGCGUGACGAGAGUGCUCUUCGAAUAUGUGAUUCUCGAAUUUCCUGGCUUUUUCAUUAAUUAUCACGGCUUUUAGUGUUACUCAAUGAAAAAGAGCUCAACUUUUCGUCGUUCACGUGGGAAAACGGUGAACGGCUCGCCGACAACUUGACUCUGGGAUACAAGCAAUUUCAGAACCACAGAUUAAUAUCACAGGUUCAUUUUUUUUUUCUGAAAGAGUCAUAAUUUUUCGCCUGAGCAAACGGAUUUUGAAGUACAUUUCAGAUAACGAAAAAAACUUUGAUUAAAACCAAAAAAAAGCUAAGUCAUCGACAAAUAUCUCUUAUAAACUGUAUCUAUUUUUUUGGACUGGACCAAGAGUUCAGACAGUUGAAGUUCUCCAUGAACUGUAAAUAAUUGAAAUUACUAUUCACAACUUUUUCAACAACGCAUUUUAUGCACAUGGGAACAAGUGCUUCUGCGAUUUUCUUAGAGAGCUGACUUCUUUUUCGAAAGGGAGAUUGAGAAUUUGAAUUCCAAGUUUUUUCCGAGUCUAUUUUUUAAAAAAUUACAAUGGAAGUUUAUCAGAACAAAUUGGAAGAAAACAUCAAAACUCCAAUUUUGGGAGCAAUUACCGUUUGGUAACAAUUUAUUUGUCAUGUUUUCAAACACUCCAAGGUACCUUUGUCAUAUUUCGCCACAGACGUAAUUUUGAAGCAAUAUGAAAGGCAAAAAAAGAGUAUUAAAGCAGAAAGACUACUCUAAAUACUGCAAGUUUGCUUCAAAAAAACUUAUUCAUAUUCAUUUCACAGCGACAGUUUUAGGGUUGCAAAUCGGAAUAUGUUUGGACGCAAGUCGAUCCAUCGUUUUUCCGACUCUGUUUUUAUUCAAUUCUAUUCUGAGGGUAAUUUUGGAGGUUUCCAUUUUUUAUCAUUUUCUCUUCAUUUAAGAUGUACUCUCACUUUUGGUACGACGCUCCAGUUUCACAAUUGGCAACAUAUUAUCUAAAACAAAACGCCCCAGUAUUUUUAUACUCUUUCGAGCACGUCAGCGAAAAUUUCUACGACAUCGACAGUGAGAAUAGUUUUACAUUUUAUUCGAAACGAGAAACAUUUUUAGGAGCUUUUCAUGGGGUCGACAAGCUUCAUUUGUUCAAUAUCACUCCAAAGUUUUUAAAUAAACGGAAGGACAUGAAUUGGCAGUUGGAUCAAAGAGUCGUCGAAAUUUUUUCGGAGCUCAUAGUCAAUUUCGCCAUUUAUGGGUAUGUCAUUAAAAUAUUUUUAUAACACUUUCCAGUUUGAAAUACAUUUAUAUUUGAUCUGAAAAAUUAAAAGUGCUCUUAAUACAUUUUUUUAAGAAAAAAAGCUCCUCGCAGAAGAUUUUUGUAGUAAGGAAUUUUUUUUUUAAUUUCCAGCCAACCGACCCACGAACACGACGGGUUCAACUUUAAUUGGACCUCUACAAAUUCAAGGCAGCUGAACUACUUGUCUGUGACGGAUAGUCCACAAAUGAAGGCAAACUUUUUCUCUCCAUUUUUUUUUUGAUUGAUAAGUUUUUUUUCAGGUGGGGUACCGAUGGCAAGGUCACGUCUUCUGGAAUUGGUACGCGCGUUCUUUAGACGCUGUCGACGUCGGAAACAUCCAGAGAAUUGCACAACUAGAUCGAGAUGUCGGAAAUUGGCAGGUUUGA